AUGGAUGAAAUCUCAAGGGCUGAACCCGAAGCUUCUCCAACGGACAGAAGAAAACCACGAAUAUGCCGGUAUUGUAAGCGUCACUUCCGGCGGUAUGAACAUCUGGAAAGGCAUCUUCGAAUCCAUACCAAUGAAAAACCAUACAAAUGCACCUGCGGUUCUUCCUUCAGCCGGCGUGAUCUCCUGAAGCGGCAUGAAAACAUCUCCCACGCUCUAAUCAACCAACCAACGCAGCAACCAUCACCCGUAAUUGGCAAUGACAGUGAAGAUGCUCAAUCGCAAAGCAGCCAGAUUCAUUUAGAUCCAGGGAUAUACCCUUGGCAGCCUCUCAACUUUGGGAAUAUAACAACUGGAUCGGUCAUUCAGAACGAGCCACUUGCCGAUUACCAACUAGAAGGAAACCCUCUAUCUAGUGCCCAAGAUCUACUGGUCCUCCAAAGCUUGGAAAUGUUCAGUAACAACAUAGGACUGAACAACGAGUGGCACUUACCGUCUGAACCAAGCAUCACGCAAAUAUUUGCUAGAGACUUCAACAUGAAUGCUCUCCCAACCCCAUCAACCGCAUAUCCAUCUCGUGAACAGCCCUCGGGCCCAGACCAAACACUAAGCAAGCUUCCAACUGAAAGAGAAGCCGUCGCGGAAUUUGGAGUGCUGACAUUACCAAUCUUAACGGUCACAAACCUGCAUCGAGAAAGCCUUCUGGAGGCACUGACAAAAUCCCAAACCAGUAUAACAGAUAUCUCUUUGCCAUCCUGCCAUUCGCUCUCAAGAUUUGUCAACGGUUUUUUCGAUGGAUUUUACCCCCAUCUACCGGUAGUUCACAUCCCAACAUUCAAGAUUGAUGAAUGCGAACCAGAGAACCUCUUGGCCAUGUGUGCACUUGGGGCCGAGUUUCGACACGAGAAUAGAAAAGCAGUGCUGCUCUUUCGAGCUGCCAAGGAUGUGCUCCAACAGACGAUACGUGAACGAGAAAUGGUAGAAACCGAGAGAAAGUCGUAUACUAAAACUAGCGGGAAUACGACUCAUUCCACACACGAAACCCACGACUCUGACUUCGAGGUUCUGCAACAGAGGGCAGUUAUGCGUGAGGCACGUUGUACCUUCUUGCUCAUUGCGUUUGCAACCUGGCAGAAUGAGGAGAGCAUAGCUCGAGAAGCUUUUAAUCUCCAAAGCUCCUUGGCUAGAAAUGCUCUUCAUGCAUGGACUUCUCUAUGGCAACGAGCCCCGGAAUCGAGCCUGGACCCCCGGAAUCCUAAUGGCCCUGUUACGUUUACAUCAACUGCGCUAUUGGGUGUUGCAUAUGUACGACUUGGUCUCGAUUUAGGAUCAUAUAAAAUACUGCGAUAUCGAGACCCAAAGCAGAUUGCCAACCAGCUACUGCAGAUUCCACGCUUACCUGCUGGUCCUCAUCUCCUUCCGGCAAUAUUACAUGCAACACAUGCCCUCAGCAUACCGGUCAAGCUCGGGGUGAAUUUCGUCGCUCAAAGCCAUGCGUUUGUGUGGAAUGUCCAACACUCACUCUGUGCAUUGGAAUUUGCCGUAUUCCUCAGCAAGUGGUUAUUCUGUAUCACCGACUGCCAGACCAGAAGACAUCUUGAUGAGCAGGAGACACGCCUUGUGAGCUGGAUCAGCGAUAUUGUCGAGGAAGGACGAACAUCUGGAGAUGACGACUUUUGGUCAAGACCUUCACAGCCGUCUGACUGUGCCUACCUUGGGUUUGCUGUAGUCAAACUAUGGGCUCGCCUCAUACGAGGAAACGAAAAAUGGUCACUAAUAAGAGUAAUUGGUGACGGGCUUGAUAUAUAUGCCGAUACUUGUGAGCAGCGCUAUGCACAUGCACAGACAAGUCCAAUGCCUACAUAA